AUGUCCCCGAAACUGCCCGCACGCUGGCCUCAGGAGGUGCAGUACGCGCGCUCUCAGCGGUUCCAUGCCUCCGUUCCUCGAGACAUCCGCGCAUAUCUCUGUCCGAAGACGCGGAUAGAUGGUGGCGCAGGGAGUAUUACGGAGUCUCUGCCAGUGGUGAUAAAACCCAUCGCCGUGGAUGGCCAUCCCGCAAAAGGCCAGCACGGCCUGUUUGCCGCGCGCAAGAUACCGCCCCGCUCACACAUCAUCGACUAUGUCGGCGAGGUCCACGUUGACGACAGACCGAGCUCAAAUUAUGACAUCUCAUUGUAUCACAACACUGGCGGCGUCAGCGUUGGAGUGGACGCGAGCCAUAUGGGCAAUGAGGCCAGAUUUAUCAACGACUACAGAGGGGUGGCAGCCAGGCCAAAUGCUUUCUUCGAGGAGCGCAGGAACGGCAUGGGAGAGCUUUGCAUGGCUGUAUGGAGCGGUAAGGACGAGAUCAAGAGAGGACAGGAGAUCCUUGUAUCGUAUGGAAAGGGCUUUUGGCAGGCUCGCUCGGCUGCCGGCGAGACGACGAGUGAAUAG